CAGCAGCAGAACAUCCUGCUCGUGGGUAAAACUGGCAGUGGGAAAAGUGCAACAGGAAACACCAUCCUUGAUCGUCCAGCAUUCUCUUCCAAAAUAGCACCACAUGCCAUAACGAAGGAUUGCAGCAGAGCUAAAAGAAAUUUCAAGGAAAGAGAAAUUGUUGUUAUCGACACUCCUGGCCUUUUCGACACCAAGCAAGCUAAUGAAGAGACAGCCAGAAAGAUUAAAGAGGCUAUUCACUACCACUUCUCAGGGGUCCAUGCCAUUCUUCUGGUGAUGCAACUGAGCCGAAUCACUAAAGAAGAGAUGGAAGUAGCUGAGUGGAUAACAAAGAUUCUGCAUACUGAAGCACAGAGGUACACAAUCCUCACAUUCACUCGAGCAGAAGAGCUUGAGAAGCCAGAAGAUAUCAGAAGUUUCAUAGAAGGCAGUGAGUAUCUCAAGGGGCUGGCAGAAAAGUGCGGAAACCGGUACAUUGCUUUCAGCAAUGUAGCAAAAGGAGAGCAAAGGGAUAAGCAGAUUUCAAGGCUGAUUAGUGAGAUUGAUAAGAUGAUAGAAACUAACCAUGACAGGCCAUGUUACACACGAGAAAUGCUGGAGAAAGAUAAACGGACAUUCUUUGCAAGGUUUUGUACUAUCCUUUAGCUGGUAAGGAUUCUGUUAGACGGAAACUUCUCCUUUGUUGUGCUUUUCUUACUGCCUGCCGAAGCUCACAAUUUCUCCUUCCUUUUGUAAGGCUAGCCUGAUGUGCUCUGGGGGGAAGCAGCAUGUGGCCCAGCUGUUUCUUCUUGUAAAAUAUGUACACAUGUUAGAGUUAAGGACAGCAUAAGCAAAGAGGCUGUCUGUCUUCACUCCACUCAUCUAAGAUGAAACAGAAAAUAGCCUUUUGUUUGGUCAGAGGACAGACAAAAUGCCAUAAGGAAUAUGGAGAUGUUAACAUGGUGAUUAACCCACAUAGCUCAAAGCCAUUUGAAAUCAUUAUGGACCACCAGGGCUGUAAUGACCUCUCCAGGGUCUGGGAGGGAUAGCUGGUCUAGGAGGUGCCAGUGUCGUCUUGCUGAAUCUUGCUGUGGUGAGGAAACUGCUCAUGUUGCUUGCUGUGCAACCCCACCUUUGCUGGUCAAUGCUCUAAUUGGGUACUUGUAUGUAACUGUUGGGCCUAAAGGAGCUCUCAAUAAAUGCUGAACCUCACUGUC